AUGGAGUUCGGAACCGAAGAUGAUGCAUUCAAAUUUUAUAAUGCAUAUGCUUUUAUGAUGGGUUUUAGUGUUAGGAAAAGUAGAACACAUUUAUUCCAAGAUGGCAAAUUGAGAGACAGACUUUACGUUUGUUCAGCCCAAGGUACCCGCGAAGAAGAUAAACGCGAUGAUACUGUACAAAAUCACCGAGCAGAAACGAGGUUUGGGUGCCUAGCAGAAAUGAAAAUUAAUCGCACACCCGAUUGUAAGUAUCGUGUUAGUAAAUUUUUUCCGUAUCAUACACAUGUGACUACAACUCCUAGUAAGUCUCAUCUUUUUAGGUCACACAGAAAGCUAAAUAUCGCAAAUGCAGCUCAAGCUGAUAUGGCUGAUAGUUCAGGAAUUGCUCCUAAAGAGGCUUUUGAGUUUAUGAGUAGACAAGCUGGUGGUCGUGAGAAUCUUGGGUUUAUACCUAUUGAUCAUAAAAAUUAUUUACGUACUAAGCGAACAAGAAAAAUAAAAUAUGGAGAGACAGGUGGUGUAUUAGAAUAUCUACAAAAAAUGCAAGUAAAUGAUCCUAAUUUCUAUUCUGCUAUACAAGUUGAUGAAGAUGAUUUGAUAACUAACAUUUUCUGGGCUGAUGCAAGGAUGAUGUUAGAUUAUGAUCUGUUCGGCGACGUAGUAUGUUUUAAUACUACUUUCACGAAAAACAAAGAAGGACGACCCUUUGCCAUGUUCGUCGGAGUGAAUCAUCAUAAACAAUCAAUUAUUUUUGGUGCUGCAUUAUUAUAUGAUGAAUCUGCAGAAACUUUUAUCUGGUUGUUUGAUACUUUUUCCAAAGCUAUGUCUGGAAAAAAGCCAAAAAGUAUUUUCACUGACCAAGACGCAGCAAUGGCUAAAGCAUUAGCUUCACAGUGGCCAGAAUCAUGUCAUCGGUUGUGUAUUUGGCAUAUUUAUCAAAAUGCUGCAAAGCAUCUUAGCCACGUGUUUCAUAAAUUUACCAACUUCGCAACUGAUUUCACAAAUUGUGUCUAUGAUUACGAGGAUGAAGAAGAAUUUACAAAUGCUUGGUUUAAGAUGCUUGAAAAAUACAAUCUCAAUGGAAAUGAUUGGCUAAGAAGAUUAUAUGAUCUAAAGGAAAAAUGGGCACUAGUUUAUGGGCGAGACACCUUUUGUGCUGAAAUAACCACCACUCAACGCAGCGAAAGCUUAAAUAGUCUUGUAAAAAGAUAUGUCAGCUACAAGUAUGAUCUAUUGCGUUUUUUCGAGAAUUUUGAAAGACUAGUGGAUGAUCGUCGUUACGAAGAAAAAAGGAUGGAUUUUAGAGCGAGCCAAAGUACUCCUACAUUAUCAUUUCCAGUAAAAUUUUUGAACCAUGCAGCAAGUGUUUAUACACCAGCAAUAUUCAAGUUGUUCCAGAUACAACUAUGUAGAGCUCAUGAUUGUUCCUUUAGAUGCUUUAACGAUGGUGAAAGUGAAACAUUAAGUAAAUAUAAAGUUAUUCCACAUGGGAAAAAAUACCACCGCACAGUCAUUUAUGACUCGAAAAAUAAUAAUGUUUCAUGCAGCUGCAGGAAAUUUGAAUUUGCUGGUUACUUGUGCUCACAUGCUUUAAAAAUCCUUUGUGUAAAGGAUAUUAAGAGCAUUCCUGAUCAGUAUAUUUUGAAGAGAUGGACAAAAGAUAUUAAGUGCGUUAGCACGAAAAUCGGUUCAAAUCUUCAUGAAAAAAGAGAGUCAAGGGAAAAUGUCGUAAGGAGAUAUAGAGAGUUGUGUAGAUCAUAUAUUCAACUAGCAACAAGGGCAGCUGAGUCUGAAGAGGUAUAUGAAAUUGCCAAAAUUUUGAUAUAUUGUGCAUUAUCACUUCCUAGCGGUAGGUAG